ACAAGACAGUGAUGAAUCUACAGGUUCUCACUAACGAGGCAAGAUACGGAGACAAAUAAUUCACCAGGUGUUCGUAGUUCGUCAACCGACAGUAACGCUCCCGGAUUUCCUAAAGUUCUUCCAGCACCUGGGGCCAGCGCUUUAGUGCAAAAUCGACGUCGUACAUUAGAAUGUCUCACACCGGCACCGAUAACGCGCCGUCCCGGCUCGUUCAGACAGCCGAGAUCACCGAAGGCGACACCGGAACGACAGCCGCACUCGUUUUGUUGUAGAAGACUUUCGUGGCCUGAAAUUGAUCAUCAGGUUCACUCGGGAGUUCAGGAGAUCGAUGGACAAUAUUUUGAGAGUUUUACGGCUUUGGCGUGGCAGCAGGACGCUCAGCGUCAAAACGCGCUGAAAACGGCUGAGGUGGCGGCGGCCGAACCGCCACCUCAGGAGAUCGAUUUGGGCAUUAUUCCGAUAGAUUACACACCACCUCAGAAUGAGAAGGAUCAACUUUAUGUCGAAAUGCUGUAUACAAUCGCCAAUUCUGUUGGUGCACCCGCUCCAGGAGGACAAUACGCGCAUUACAAGGAGGACCUGUACCUUUACGGCCAGCGUGCGUUUGGUGUACCUCCCGAUCGGCAUUACAGAAUGUUGCAUUUAGCAGGGGAGGAGAAACCGCCUAUUGUAGUCCUGAGCGUCGUCGUAAUGGAAGCGGAAGGAUUAGAGGCGAAGGACGCAAACGGUUUCAGCGACCCCUACUGCAUGUUGGGAAUACAGCCGGUUCCGGCGCCUUCGUCGCCUCAACCGCUAGCAUCCAAUCGCACUCUUUCGGAAACCUGCAAUGACGGGCAGGGUAAUCACGAAAAGCUCCGGAAGCAUCACAGCUUCAAGCUGAGCUUUAAACGUAAGGAGGGUCGCAUCCGAGAACAAAGAGACAGUAUCGGCGGAGCGCUACCUGCUAAAUUCAUACGCGCCACGUCCGUUAAAUCUCAUACUCUUAAUCCACGAUGGAAUGAGAAGUUUAGGUUAUACUUAAUGAAAAAGGAAAUCGUGCCAUUAACAGAUAAUGAACCAACGUCGGGGGUUCGUUCGAUAGUGUCAUUGGAGAGUUUGCAAAAAAACUUGUUUGCAAAACCGCAAGCUAUCUAA